GUAGCGAUUAAGUAGGUUGACCGCCCUAUUACACCCAAAUUACUAACAGCCGGAACUCUUCAGAGAACCAUGAAGUUACAACUGUUCUUAUACACAAACAAGAAUAAUACCAAGUGAGAUAUUCUUUUCAUCUGGACUACACAUCCUUUUACUCUUAAGUUGAGGAUUGAUGGGAACAAUUUGGAGAUUGAACGGACGUCGGAGCGGUGUUUCGGGUUUUGCGUUAUGGCUAGGUUUGGAGCCAAGGUUAGGGAACUGCGAUUUCUCGUUGCCCAGACUGCUCCUUCGAGCUCUGGAAUUAGGGAUUUUAUUUCACGUCACUAUCUGUCUCUAAAAACUGCUAAUCCUCAUGUGAAGUUUAUGAUUCGUGAAUCAGAAGGGAUCACACCAAAAGUGUUCGCUCGUUAUGAGAUGGGGAAGGAAGACUGCAUUUCAGUGGCAAAUAACACAGCUGAUGAUAUAAUUUCGAAACUUAAGACUCUAGAUCGAGUAUAAAAUGUUUUUUUGUAACGAUUCUACGUAAAUUAGUUUAUAAUUAAUAACUUUGAGGAUAAAUAGCAUUGUUGACAGCUUUAUUCGUUUCUGUCAGUGAAAGAAACAUUUAACUCGUUGAAAUAUAAAUCAAUUAUCGGUG